UUUUAGUGAAAUUGUAAUUUAUUGCAGGUAUUCAACGCUCGAAAAGUGAAUUUUGAGAAAGUAAUUGAAGAAAUGGAAAUUCAACAACUGAUUCUAAAGAAAGUAGAAAGACUCACUAAAAUACUUCAAGUUUUUGAACGGUAUUAACAAUGUGAAAUAAUACAUAGAAUCUGCCAUGUGACAUUCUUUCAGUGUUACUUUGAACUAACUCUAUCCUCCAUAUAAAACCGUGAAUUUCAUUAAAGUUUUCACUAAAAAAAGGAAUGAUAAAAUUAGUACCCAUGACAAGUUUCGUCACAUUGGGAUUGCUCAUGUAUAAUCGUAGUAGAUUUCAAUUAUUUAUAAAGUUGGCUAUUUUUUCAAUUUCGUACAUUCCACUUAUUAGUUCAAUCCCUCUGGCGAUUGAUGUGAGUUCUAAUCAAGUUUUGAAUAGUAUAGAAAAUAAUCACAGUGUUGCCCCAUUUUGGGAAAAUCCCUGUGGACUGUUGGCGAAUACAUCAGAGCCAUUGAACACAGAUGAUGUGAAUGCCACUUACACGCGCAGCCUCCGUAAGAUACGACAACACCUCAAAAUGGCUCAGCAACAUUUGACCGCCUCCAAAACCAGAAGUCUAUUAUUUUUAAAUACUCGGAAAGGACUUGAUCGAGACAAUUAUAACAGGAAUUGGAUUCCAGAUAUUAAUUCAGUGACACCAAUUCUUGAGUCAAAUGGCGUGCAGACAUCAAGCAAUUACGGGGAAAAACUGUCAGUAUUAUACAGCGAUUUGCAGAGGUUUGCAGUUGCUUUCGAGCAAAUGCAAUUGGAUGAAGGUGAUGACACGGACCGGAGAGUUUGUCUAACAGUAUUAACCGAGUUUUUGAGAGAGCUAUUAUGUGAGGUUGAGAGUACAAUUAUAGAGCUUGGCAACGAAGUGCCACAAACGAUUGCUAGGUCAGUGAUGAGCCCUCAAGAGAGAAGCGUUGCCAAGGCAACAUCCUCCAGUGGAGGAUCAUACAUAUCAACAACGCAGAAAAUGAUUCGGGACAAUGGCAUCCUCUUCAAAUACAAAGAGUUUCUAGAAGCAUGGUUACGAGUGUACAAAAUAGCAAGGAGAACUAAUAAUAAUAGCGAUCAAUGAGAAGUUCUAAUUUAGUAGACUUAUAAAUGAUGUGCUAUUAUAGAAGAGAACUUCUACUCAGUAUUAAAUCAAUUUUAUUGUAAAUUUUAUUCAUGUACGGCACAAGAUUUUACUCACGUAUUCUUCACGAUGAAGCUAAGAUAAAACUAUAGUAUUCAAUCAUAACUAAGUAAUUAAUGGAGCCUUGUCAACCCACAACCAAAGAUAUUAUUUUAGUCAAAUGUUUAUUUCUGUGAUAUAAUUACCAUCCAUUGUUUCAUUUAUCAAUAAAAUGUUAUGUAAUGGAAAAAAAGACUAAACGCUUUUAAACAUCGAAAAUAAAAACUGAUUUCUAUUGUUGAGGGGAGAUUACAACAGAGGAGUGGAGACUCAUUGGAACUUUUGAAGCACAUUAUAGUGAACAAAUAAAUUGGAAACAGAUUUUUGUUAUUGAGCAGAUUGUGAUGAGUAAUAAUAAUAGUGUUUGAUUUCGUACAUGGUAACUUCUUCAAAUAAUAAUAUAAUAUGAGAUUCAAUGCUCCACAAAUCCUAUUUAAAACUUCGUGAAAUAUAAAACAUUAGGUUUAUAUAGAAAUUUCAUAAGAUAAUUUUACACUCCAUGACUGAAAUUGGUUACAAUUUUCUUCUAGAUAUAAAAUGAAAGAGGUCUUAUCGAUUGCGACUA